AUGGUUCAAGAGAAGUUUAUUGUGCCGCGAAAUCUGACGCUGUCGCAAUGUUUGGAGUUGCUUUAUUCCGUCGUGCUAAACCAGUACGAAAAUCUGAAGGCAGAGUGUGCCCUAAUCAAGAAGUCUCAGAAGUACAAGAAUCUGUCGAAGCUGCACAAAUCGCUGGAGUUGCUGCUGGAGUAUGUGAAUGAUGGGCUGAAGAGGGUGGAGAAGUCGUACGCGGUACAAAGCGGGUGGGGGAACUACAUCAAGGAGCAUGCAGAGUUCAAAGUGAUUAUGGAAGACUUCCAAAUCCUGGGCCACGAGAUAAGGGUUAUCCGAAGAGAGGUUGUGGAUAUCAUGGAGGAGAAUGGGACGGACAAGAUCCUUGGGAUUUGGAGGAUUAAUGGGUCGAUGAAGAAGAAGUUGGAGGAUGAGGAGAAGGACACCAGAGUGAUGCAGAAUGCGGAACGGAUAAAGGAGGAAAGAAGAAGAGACCUGGAGGCAGCUAAGCUGGAGAGAGAGCAGAAGUUGAAGGAGCAGAAACUUAUGGAACAGCAACUAGAACAACAGAAAGAGAGGCUGCUCGAGCUUAGGAUCAAACAGCAGGUAGAGACGCAGAUGACAGAAAAGUUACAAGAGGAGAAGCGGAUGCGGAAACAGUUGGAGUUGAAGAACGAGGAAAAACUGGAAGAGUUACGCCAGAAAAUGCUCAAAAAUGCAAGGGAGCUCGCCAAUCAAAACAAGGCUGCACAGGCCAUAAGCAGUGCCAAGAAAGAGAGAAGAAGCCUGGAUAUUCAAAGGGCUUCCAACACCGCGAGGGAACCUGCUGUGACCGCCCCAAGAAGAUCACUAAAUGCGAAACCAUCCAAGCAUAUUUCACAGAGGGAACUGAAUCAGUCCAGUGUCAACAAGGCAGCCGUGUUGGCAUGGUCAUCUGCUCAACGGAACUACACACCAGAGAACAGCAACUACAAACCCACCACCAGCAAACCUGUUAGGAGAGCUACGUCAGUUUCAGUGGCACCACCAGUAAAUGUCGUGAGACGCAAAACGGAACCGUUAAAGAUUCACGUAAAUAAGCCGCUGAUGAAAAGUCCAACACUCAAGUCGCCAGCUACUAGAAAGCAACCACAAUUAAAUGCAUCUACAAACUCUGCACAGGGGACAACUGCCAACGGUGCGUACAAAGUUUCUUCUAAAAUACUAUCGUCAUCCGUUCCAUCAUCUCCGAGAAUCGCACAAGCAGGAGCGAAAGCACGGUCGCAGUCGCCCCCGUCAGCACUGGACCCGGGAUGGCCAAUUGAAAGGCGUAUAGCGCAUAUCAUGAAGACAUUAAACGGGGUAGAUCCCAUUGCAUGCCAACAAAUCGUAAACGACAUCAUGAUCACAGAUUCCAAAGUGUACUGGGACGAUAUUGCGGGUUUGAGGGGAGCCAAGAAUGCCUUGAAAGAGAUUGUUGUGUACCCGUUCUUGAGACCGGAUCUGUUCAAAGGGUUGAGAGAACCCAUCAGCGGGAUGCUUCUGUUUGGACCCCCGGGCACAGGUAAAACAAUGAUUGCCAAAGCCAUUGCUACAGAGGCCAAUUCUACGUUUUUCAGCAUAAGCGCCUCAUCGUUGCUAUCGAAGUAUCUGGGUGAAUCCGAAAAGCUGGUGAAGGCGCUGUUCUACGUCGCGAAGCGGAUGGCUCCGUCCAUCAUUUUCAUCGACGAGAUUGAUUCUUUAUUGGGGAAUAGAUCUGAUAACGAAAAUGAGUCUUCAAGAAGAAUUAAGACGGAGUUACUCAUACAAUGGUCGGAACUUUCCAGUGCGGCAGUUCGCGACGAAGACGGAGACACCGGCACGACGAACGGCGACGCUGCGCCAGACAGUAGGGUGCUUGUUCUUUCCGCGACGAACUUGCCCUGGGUCAUCGACGAGGCGGCAAGGAGAAGGUUUACGAGAAGGCUUUACAUCCCGCUUCCUGACCCUGAAACCAGAGCAUACCACCUGCGCAAGCUCAUGUCUAAGCAGAGGAACGGGCUGUUGGAUGAAGAUUUUGAUGAAAUCGUGGCGGCGACCGAUGGAUAUUCGGGGUCCGACAUCACGGCGCUCGCGAAGGAGGCUGCCAUGGAGCCGAUCAGGGACCUUGGUGAUAAGCUAAUGGAUGCCAAUUUCGAUACCAUCCGGCCUGUCAACAAGCAGGAUUUUGUUAACGCAAUGAAAACCAUCAAAAAAUCGGUCUCAAAGGACUCGUUAAAACAAUUCAACGAUUGGGCCUCUCAUUACGGGAGUGUUGGCUCUUGA